GGAUCUUGACAGCCGCAGCGUCUUUCGCUCUCCCAGCCCAGGCAGGGCGCACCGUCCCCGGGCUUGAACUCUGCGCCUCUUCCUCCGGAGCUCCGCAGCGUCUCUCGGUGCUUCUCUGUAUGUUUGUGAGCGCGUGAGGACAGUUUUUUUUUUUUCUUUUCUUUUUUUUCUUCUUUCUUUUUGCGGGGCUGUUGAUGUGAGCGCACCUUCUGGAUUGGACACAAUGCCUCCUCCUCCUGCUUCUUCUUCUUCUUCUUCUUGUGCAGAGCUUUUCCUCUGACUCUGGAUGGAUUUCUGAUGGUUUACUGACCCGCUGGAUUAGGAGAUGGAGUGAUGCGCUGCUGGGAACUACAGUGGAAGUAACAGCCGUCAGAACUGCACACAGACUGGAUUUUCUCCAAAAGGUUCCUGUUGGAGGCUUCGACUGCGACUGAGGAGCUUCUCCGUCACUUCUCGUCAGUUUUUUCCCUCAGUGGGAAUUUACAUUCACGGAUCUGAUGAAAGGAUGCUGCGGGGACCUGAUGAGGGACUGAAACCCACCUGAACCCCCUCCUCCCUUUCCUUCGUCCUCGUCCCGACCCCUCGCCGCCGUCCCACCAUGAACCUGCUGUGUCGCGGCCGCCUCAAGCUGCUGGUGGCGUCUCUCACGGCCAUCGUCCUGCUCACCUGGCUCUACCUGCUGGCUGGAAACCUGGAGAAUGGACGCUCCCUCCUCCUGACUCCCUGUCUGGCCGACACGCCGGCCGCCCAGGUCCUGGAGCGAGCCGUCCUGGAGUCCCGGGUCCGAGAGGUGGAGGAGGAGAACCGGCAGAUCCGGCUGCAGCUCAGCCAAUCGCAGGGCACCGCCGCCCAGCCUCCGGACGGUAACUAUGGCAACCAGCAGUGGGGCGCAUCCGCGGACACGGGGCCGGAAGACGGCGACAACACGGCGGAGGAGAAGAACAACCACACGGAGUGUCCUCGAUCGCCCACCGUCCAGAAGUGUGAGUUGAUCCAUGUAGCGUGCGUUUGUGCCGGUCACAACGCCAGCAGAGACGUGGUCACGCUGGUCAAGUCGGUCCUUUUUCACAGGAGAAAUCCGCUCCACUUUCAUUUCAUCACCGACACAGUAGCCAAUCGCAUCCUGAGCUCCCUGUUCCAGUCCUGGAUGGUUCCGUCCGUGCAAGUCAGCUUCUACGACGCAGAUGAACUCAAGUCCGAGGUGUCGUGGAUACCCAACAAGCACUACUCAGGUAUUUACGGCUUGAUGAAGCUGACGCUAACCAAAGCUUUGCCCUCCGACCUGUCGAAGGUCAUCGUCCUGGACACGGACAUCACCUUCGCCACUGACAUCGCUGAGCUCUGGGGCAUUUUUAGGAAGUUCACCGAUAAGCAGGUUAUCGGUCUGGUGGAGAACCAGAGCGACUGGUACCUCGGCAACUUGUGGAAGAACCACAAACCCUGGCCGGCGCUGGGGAGAGGCUUCAACACAGGCGUCAUUCUUCUCUACCUGGAGAGGCUUCGGCGAAUCGGCUGGGAGCAGAUGUGGCGGCUGACGGCAGAGAGGGAGCUAAUGAGCAUGCUCAGUACGUCGCUCGCUGAUCAGGACAUCUUCAACGCCUUCAUAAAGCAGAACCCGGUCCUGGUUCACCAGCUGCCCUGCUUCUGGAACGUCCAGCUGUCCGAUCACACUCGCUCUGAGCAGUGCUACACCGAGGUGUCCGACCUCAAGGUGAUCCACUGGAACUCUCCCAAGAAGCUCCGCGUGAAGAACAAACAUGUGGAGUUCUUCAGGAACCUCUACCUGACCUUCCUGGAGUACGACGGCAACCUGCUGAGACGAGAGCUGUUCGGCUGCCCGAGUCAGGCGAGUCCAGAGAGCGUCCAGCUGCAGUCAGCUCUGGAGGAGCUGGACGAGGACGAUCAGUGUUACGACUUCCGCCGAGAGCGACUGACGGUGCACCGAGUUCACCUCUACUUCCUGCAGUACGACUACACGCCCACCGAGGACGACACCGACGUCACGCUGGUGGCUCAGCUCUCCAUGGACAGGCUGCAGAUGCUGGAGGCCAUCUGUAAGCACUGGGAAGGCCCCAUCAGCUUGGCACUCUACAUGUCCGACGCCGAAGCUCAGCAGUUCCUGCGCUACGCUCAGGCCUCCGAGGUCCUCAAGAACCGCAAGAACGUCGGCUACCACAUCGUGUACAAGGAGGGCCAGUUCUACCCGGUCAACCUGGUGAGGAACGUGGCUCUGAAGAACGCCAACACGCCCUACGUGUUCCUGACAGACGUAGACUUCCUGCCGAUGUACGGUCUCUAUGAUUACCUCAGAAAGUCUGUGGUGCAGCUGGACAUGGCUCACACCAAGAAGGCCCUCGUGGUUCCAGCUUUCGAAACUCUUCGUUAUCGUCUGUCCUUCCCCAAGUCCAAAGCCGAGCUGCUCUCCAUGCUGGACAUGGGGACUCUCUACACCUUCAGGUACCACGUGUGGCCAAAGGGUCACUCUCCUACCAACUAUGCCAAAUGGCGGACAGCCACCACACCCUACAAGGUGGAGUGGGAGCCGGACUUCGAGCCGUACGUCGUGGUGAGACGAGACUGUCCGGAGUACGACCAGCGCUUUGUUGGCUUCGGCUGGAACAAGGUGUCGCAUAUCAUGGAGCUGGACGCACAGGAGUAUGACCUGAUGGUCCUCCCCAACGCUUUCAUGAUCCACAUGCCCCACGCCCCCAGCUUCGACAUCUCCAAGUUUCGCUCCAGCUCGAGCUACCGCAACUGUCUGAACACCCUGAAGGACGAGUUCCACCAGGAUCUAUCGAGGAAGUACGGCUCGGCGGCUCUAAAGUACCUCACCGCCCAGAGGAACAUCUAAAAAGCGGAGACAGUCAGCCGACGGUCGGCCCCCGAGAGCUCGGACAUGUACUGACGCUGCGCUGGGGGCCUCGUCGCCGGCGCCGAGUGUGAACAUGGCGGUACAGCUUUACAGCCCUCUCGAGCACUCUCGGGCUCCUGUGCAUUAAUUCUCCAGUCGACUCCACCUCAAGGUGACUGAGAUGAAAACCCGAACAUGACUGCGGAUUUUCUUAACGCAGGAUUCUGACAAGGCUGAAAGGACGAGCGAGGAUACGGAUGGGAUUAGCUUUAAGGCCGGGAAAUAAUAACCAUAUUCUUACAAUUUGUUCUGACAAUCAGGGCUUUUUCCAGAACUACGAACCAGUCGGUCUGCGUGGAUAUCUGGACACGACGGGACCCCUUACACUUUGGUGACAAACAUAAGAGAGAAGACUGCAUUUGGGAGGCCAGUCGAACUGGAGAAAGAUACAAGCCUUAUCACUUUCAUGAUAUUUACUAUGAUAUUUAAUGAUAUUUUCAUUUCUUUUUUUCUUUUUUUUCUUUUCCAGUGUAAAAUCAGAACCAAUGACAGUGAACAUUUACAAUGUUUUUGAUUACGGCUUUACAUAAGAAUCAGUUUAUUUUUUUCUUUCUAUAUUUUCUGACCUCUUUAAAAGAAAUCCAUAGUGUCCCAGUCCAAUUAUUUCAGAUUUUCUGUGGGCUUCAGGGAUGUGCUUUGUAUGUAUGUAUGUGUGUGUGUGAGUGUGUGUGUGAUCCAGCUGCGUCAUAUGGCACGUCUACAACACGCUUACUGCUUGUCGUCAGUGUCAUGCUCGCUUUUGUCUUGCAUGUAAACAGUUGCACUACAUGUUCUUUUCACGUUACAAAAGAUAAAUUAUUAAUUUCGUCUGGCAUCAUUCAUCCCUCUGAAAGCUGCAAAAAUCUCUAAAUGAUGACGCGUAUCAUUACCGAUUGGGACCAACUCACGCGACCAACACUGACCCCUGACAGUGAGUUGUUGUUGAGUGAGACGAAGGGCAGGAGCUUGUUUUGAUUUGUUGCUUUUUGAGCCAUUAUGUCUUUGUUUGUGUCUGAUUCACUGGAUAUAUGUGCCAUCUACUGUACCCUUUUACCCAUAAUCCUAUUUUGUUUCGUAAAGUCCAGCUGAAAUUAAAAACAUUUAGCAGCCAAACUUCACAAUUACUCUUUAGUUCUUUGUGUUUAAAGUGGAAGAAACAUCACUUUAGCAUCUAAACUAGGGUUUCUAGAAGCCUGAGGUUGAAAUCCUACUAAGUCUAAACAAAUGCAGGUGGGAUUCAGCUCUGAUCGGGCGGUGCAUCGUAAUUAUCUCAGAUAAAAAAAACAGCUUUCAGACUGAAAUAUCUGAGUCACUUUCUGAAUGUGUAUAUUUCAGAUGCGGCUGAAAUCGUGAAUUAUUUUCUAAAGUCUAUUUGAUCUAUAAAUGUAAGAAAAACAUAAAAAAUGUUUAUCAGUGUUGCCUAAAAGCCCCAGUUAAAGUUUUGUUUUCUUCACAAAGCAGAGAUUUUCUGUUUAUUGUCACAGAGGAGGAGGAGGAAAGAAAAAAAAAUCACAUUUAAGAAUCUGGAAUCAAAGAUAUUUGACUUCUUUUGUCUUGAAAAAAAUAUUUAAACUGAUUAUUGAUAUAUGAAUAUCAAGGUCCCACCAUUUCUGUGAUAUUUGGGUUUCACUUUUGUGUAGCUGGGGUCGUAGUGACAUGUUGUCCAUCUUUACACACAAACUGGGGUAUGAAGAGGUAAACGGAGGUACCACUGAAGUACAAAAAUACAAAUGUGUUUCCUUUUAAAGGCUCUUUAUUUUGGACUAAAAGACAACAUUAGAGCUGAUGUGUACGAGAUAAAAACAUGAUAUUUAAUUUCAGUUGGACUUUAAUGUUCAUAAUUUAAUUGUUGUAAUUGUUUUUUUGUUGUUUGCGUGGUCUGUCCAACAUUUCCAACCUGUGCAGGAUUAUUCUAUAAAUGAACUAUUGAUCGUGCUGCCAUGCCAUGCAGUGCUGGGUAUCGGGGAAUAAUUCCUAAUGAUUUGAGUCUGAUCAAAACUGACCAAACCUUUGCCACCUGACAAACUAUUUCAAACCGGUUGGCCAAACGUAUUAAUUAUUCGGUGUCUACAAGAUUGCUCAUGAUGUUUUUUGACGUCCUUCCCCGUAGCACAGGACAAGAAAAAAUCCGGGAUGGGACAUCGCAGCUCGUAGCGGCAUCCGGCUUCACUUUUGUUCUUCUUUCUUGUUUUUCUGUUGAAAAGAUUUGUUGUCUGUUUUGUUUUCUUGAUCUCUGCCUGCAUUUGGGAGGGAGGGGGGGGAAAGGCAAGCAGAAAAGAAGCGAAAGAAUCUAGUGUAAUUUCCAUUGAGCGUACGGCAGACACAGGAGUCAGGUACUAAGCGUCGGAUCGUGAGCGGUGGCGUUCGGUGAGGAGUGAGUGUGAUCGGUGCCAUGAAGAGCCCUGCUCCCUCCCCGCUGCCAUCCACGCCGCCUCCAUUGACUUGUUGUUGAUUGUGGUAAAUGCUAGUGCCUUUGCUGUAUUGUGAAACUGGAUAUUGAUUGUACUGUUGUACCGACAGGGCCUGGGGAUAGUCAGGCGCUCUAUUUAUUAUUGUUGACUCAAAUCAAUCAUAUUUUUCUAUGUAAGUGCUUUAAAUAAAUUUGCCCUUUUUUAUCA